ACGCUCACUCCCACCGCUCCCAAAAUCCCUACAACCCUAAACCCUAGGGUUUUUCAGAGCAGCCAGCCUCCGCCCCUCUGUUCUUUGUUCUUCCCAUAUUUCAUAUCGAAACCCUAGCUUAAUCUCCCAAAUGGGCAAAUCAAGCAAGAAAUCCGCCACCAAAGUUGAGGCUCCCGCUGUAGUUGUUCCAACUCCGAAGUCUGGAAAGAAAGGUAAGAGAGAUGCUGAGAACGAAAUAGAGAAGGUUGUGAGCGCAAAGAAGCAGAAGAUUGACGAGGGCAUAGCGCAGGCCAUUCAGAAGAAGAAAGUUGAAGCAAAGACCCAGAAGAAGAAAGUGGAGACUAGUAGUUCCGAGGAGGAGUCUGAUGUGUCUUCUGACUCUGACGUGAAGAAACCUGCUCCCAAGGCUGCUAAAAAUGGUAAAAGUAAGCCAUCUAGCAGUUCUGAAUCAGAUGAUUCAGACUCUGAUGAAGAACCUGCUGCCAAGCCUUCCGCUCCCUUAAAAAAGUCAGUUCCUGCUAAAAAAGCUGUGUCAUCGAGCAGUGAUGAUUCAUCGGAUGAGGAAUCUGAUGAGGAGGAAGCUCCUAAAUCUAAGGUAGCUGCUAAGAGUGGCCCAACUGCUGCUAUAAAGAAGAAAGAUGUCUCAACUGAAAGCUCAGAUGAGAGUAGCGAUGAUUCGGAAGAUGAUGAUAAAACCCGUGCAAAGGUUACUGCCCAAAAGCCAGCUGCAGCUGCUAAGAAAGGCCCAGUAGUGCCUGUUAAGAAGGCAGACACUAGCAGCUCUGAGUCUGAAGAGAGCUCUGAAUCUGAAGAUGAGAAAACCCCUGCAAAGGUUACUGCCCAAAAGCCGGCUGCAGCUGCUAAGAAAGGCCCAUCAGUUCCUGUUAAGAAAGCAGACACUAGCAGCUCCGAGUCUGAAGAGAGCUCUGAAUCUGAAGAAGAGGAAGUUGUGAAAAAAGUAUCUGCUGUAAUCCCUAAAGGAAAGGAUGUUUCAAGCUCCUCUGAUGAUAGUUCAGAGGAGGAUUCUGAUGAUAGUUCAGAGGAAGUGAAGGGUACCACAAAAACUGUUGCCCCUGCUGCUAAGAGUGUUAAGCCAUCCAAAAAGGAUGAGGAUUCAAGUGACUCUGAUGAGGAUAUGGAGGAUGGUGACUCUGAUAGUUCAGAGGAGGAACCUCCAAAGACUAGAGAAAGUAAAGGUGAUAGUUUUUGGCCUUCUCAAGUUUCAAAGCAAGAUAGCAGUGAGUCAGAGGAGGAAUCCAGUUCUGACGAAGAAGAGGAAGAUCAACCUGCAAAGACUCCCAAGAAAAAGGACACUGACGUGAAAAUGGUAGAUGCUGAGUCUGAGAAGAAGCAGCCCAAAACCCCAGCUACUCCUGACGUAUCGACUUCUAAGACGCUGUUCGCUGGAAACCUGAACUUCCGUAUUGAGGAACACGAUUUGAGGAAUUUCUUCAAAGAUGCUGGCGAAGUUGUUGAUAUCCGUUUUGCCUCAGAUCCAGAAGGGAAGUUCAAGGGCUUUGGACAUGUUGAGUUUGCCACAGCUGAAGCAGCAAGGAAGGCUCUUGAACUUAAUGGUUUAGAUUUGCUUGGUCGUGAUAUCAGACUUGAUCUGGCUCGUGAAAGGGGUGAAAGGGGUGCUUAUACUCCCACCGGAAGAGAGGGCAACUCAUAUCAGAAGGGACCACGCGGUGCGUCCAAAACAAUAUUUGUUCGAGGUUUUGACAGAUCCCUUGGGGAGGAUGAGAUCAGGAGCUCCUUACAAGAAGCUUUUAGUUCUUGUGGUGAGAUAACAAGGGUGUCCAUCCCCAAAGAUUAUGAGACUGGCGCCUCUAAAGGGAUGGCUUACAUGGACUUCUCGGAUGCCGCCAGCUUCAACAAAGCUCUAGAAUUUAAUGGACAAGAAUUUGGAGACAGUUACUUGCAGGUGGAAGAGGCAAAACCAAAAGGUGAUUUUGGUACUCCCAGGAGUAAUGACAGGGGUUAUUCCAGUAAUCGUGGUGGAGGACGUUUUAGCAACAGCGGCAGGGGGGGUAGGGAUGGUGGUGGACGUGGUUUCAGGGACAGUGGACGAGGCAGAGGACGUGGAAACAAACCAAACCUAGCUGCUCCUGGAACAGGUAGGCAUUUUUAUUAUUCUCUUUUUCAAUGCAAGUGUUUAGGAUAGGCUGUGAUGCUCUCGGUAAUUCUUAACCAAUUCCCAUGUUGUACUAAAUGGUGCAGGGAAGAAAACCACCUUCGACGACGAGUAGACUAGACUAGACUUGUGAGUGGUUGGUCGGGGGCCAAGGGAAAUUGUGGAAGACUUAUGUUUAGCUGUUUUUAUUUUAUCAUAUUUUAUUAUUUUAAUUUUGAGAGGCAUGUCUGGUUUUGACCUUUCCUUUACGUGGACAUGAACUUGAACGCAAGAGUGAACCUACUAUUGAAUUUUUGGAUUUAUGACUCUAAUUAAUUUUGAGCGUUAAUAUAAUUUACUUGAAUUA